AUGAAGGUGAAAAAAUCAUCUAAUAAGAAAUACGUUCCUGUUAGUAACUAUGAAGUUUUAUUGGUUUUUCUGCUUGUAGCUUUUGUGUGUGUUUGUGUUGGACUGAUUGUACUUUCAUGGUUAUCAAUUCAAGAGUUAGAACAAGCUAAAGCCUAUGGGAAUACUCAUGGCUACAUGGGAAAGUUUAAAAUACUGUCUGGGACAUCAUUCACUCCUGCUUUAAAAAACAGAUCAUCAGCUGAUUUCAAAGUCCUUGCCUUUGAUGUGGAACAACUGAUACAAGAAGCUUUUCAAGCAAGUGGUCUGAAAAAUGAAUUUGAGAGAUGUGAAAUUUCCCAGUUCCAGAAAUCUGAAGAUAGUCAUGAAAGAUUCAAGUCAGAGAAUGGCGUCGUUGUGAUUUUCAACCUUUAUUUUACCCAGCUAAUAGCAGUUGAGAAAGUAAAGAAUGAGCUGGUUUGGGGUAUCAAUGUAAAUAAAACUAAUCUUACCCAGACUUUGAAAAUUGAUGUGAACAGCAUACAAGUCACAGUAGCUGAUGAAAAUCUUACUACAAUGAUGCCUCUAACUUCAUCAGAUGCAAGUCAAUUUCCUUCUAUAAUGAAACUGUAUUACUGCUGUCCUUUUAUUGCUAUUGUCCUUAUUAUUUCAGCUGAGUGUUUGCCACCUGCUGAACUCUGUGAUGAUGGUAUAACCUGCAUUGGGAAAGAUUUAUUUUGUGAUGGAGUCCUGGACUGCCCAGAUAGUUCAGAUGAAUCUCAUAGGAGAUGUGAUACAGUUUGUGAUGGAAAAUUUAUGUUGACUGAUUCCUCUGGGUUUUUUCAUUCUAUGAAUUAUCCAAAACCGUAUAAUGCAAACAUCAUUUGCCAGUGGAUUAUACUAGUGCCUCAAGGGUUAUCCAUUAAACUGAACUUCACUUCUUUUGAUACACAACAAUAUGAGGACAGCUUAAAUAUUUUUGAAGGUAUAGGACAAAACAAGGUUUUAAGAGCCUCUCUCUCAGGGACUAAUUCUCAGACAAUCUACAUUUUUUCUCAUGAGGCUACAGCACAGUUUAUAUCUGGUUAUUCUGACAACUACAAUGGCUUUAAUGCAACGUACACUGCAUUUAAUGCAAAUGAACUAAACGAUUAUGAGAAGGUCAAUUGCACAUUUGAAGAUGGCUUUUGUUACUGGAUACAAGAUUUAGAUGAUGAUUCAGAAUGGGAGAGAGUUCAGGGUCCUACCUUUCCCUUUAUGAGUGGUCCUGAAUUUGAUCAUACAUUUGGUAACAUAUCAGGAUUUUAUAUUUCAACACCUAUAGGACUUGGAUUCAGAGAAGAGAGAGUCCGAAUUCUGAGUUUGCCUUUGGUCUCUUCAGAUUCGUCUUGUCUAAGCUUUUGGUAUUUCAUGUACAGUACCAAUGUUUACCGUUUAAGAGUUAGCAUAAGUAAUGAACACGGUUUGGAAAAGAUCAUUUUCCAGAAAGAAGGAAACUAUGGAAACUAUUGGAAUUAUGGACAAGUAACAUUAAAUGAAACAUCUGAUUUUAAGGUUAUUUUUGAUGCAUUCAAAAGGCCUGGUCCCAGCGAUAUUGCCUUGGAUGACAUUAGCCUGACAAAGGGAAAAUGUGAUGAAAGUGUUUAUGUAGAACCAACUCCAGUUCCAACUGUCACUACUGCACCUUCAGUUCCUACUGACUGUGGAGGUCCAGUUGAACUCUGGGAGACAAACAGUACAUUCAGCUCUGAAAACUUUCCAAGUAACUACCCUAAUCAAGCUUUUUGUGUGUGGUACUUACAUGCUGAAAAGGGAAAAAAUAUUCAGCUUCAUUUUCAGAUUUUUGAUUUGGAAAAUAUUAAUGAUGUGGUUGAAGUCAGAGAUGGCAGAGGACCAAAUUCCUUACUUUUGGCUGUCUAUACAGGACAAGACCCCUUGCCAGACAUUUUCUCUACAACAAAUCAGAUGACAGUAAUCCUCCUUACAGACAAGUCUGUAACGAAGAAGGGAUUUCUUGCAAACUUUACUACGGGCUACCAUCUAGGAGCUUGUGCAAUUGAUGAGCAUCAAUGUGGUAACGGGGAUUGUAUACCACUGCAUAACCUUUGUGACCACAUACCUCAGUGUGAAGAUGGUUCUGAUGAAGCAAAGUGCAUGAGACUGGUUAAUGGUUCUCUAAGCACUGAAGGGCUGGUACAGGCCAGGAUUGGGAAGACAUGGCACCUGGCAUGUGCAGAUGAUUGGAAUGAAGAGAUUUCAGAUAGUGUUUGCCAGCUGCUGGGGUUAGGGGAUGCAAAUACCUCAUCAGCUGUUUUAUUCACUGGAGAUGGUCCAUUUGUCAACAUCAUUAAAACAACAAACCACAGCCUGAUAUUUACAAAAAGAGAAAACUGUUGGAACAACCUAGUGAUUCAUCUGCAAUGUAAUGUUAAACCUUGCGGGAAACAUCUGGUCACUCAGAACAAUGGAACAAGGAUUAUAGGUGGAAGUGAUGCCAGAAGAGAAACUUGGCCAUGGAUAGUUUCACUCCAUUUUAAUUCCAGACCUUUUUGUGGAGCUUCCCUUGUCAGUGAUGAAUGGCUGGUGACGGCAGCACACUGUGUAUAUGGGAGGCAAUUAAAACCAUCUCAAUGGAAAGCACUUCUUGGCUUGUAUGAUCAAUCAGAUGUGACACAUCCUCCAACAGUAGUUCAAAACAUCGAUCGAAUCGUUAUAAAUCCUCAUUACAUGAAACAUACAAAAGAUAGUGAUAUUGCUCUCAUGCAUCUUGAAUCCAAAGUGCAAUAUACAGAUUACAUACAACCUAUCUGCUUACCAAAAAAAAAUCAACUGUUUUUACCAGGAAUGAACUGCUCCAUUGCUGGCUGGGGUAGUAUUCUGAAUGAAGGUCCCACUUCAGACAUAUUGCAAGAAGCAGUGGUUCCUCUCAUUUCAAAUGAAAAAUGCCAACAAUGGAUGCCAGAAUAUAGUAUUACUGAGAAUAUGAUCUGUGCAGGAUAUGACAUAGGAGGAAUAGAUUCCUGUCAGGGAGAUUCAGGGGGCCCCCUGACGUGUGAAGAUGGUAACAAGUGGGUUUUGGUUGGUGUAACAUCAUUUGGCUAUGAGUGUGCUUUUCCCAAACGACCAGGAGUGUAUGUUCAAGUCACCGUGUUUGUGGACUGGAUCAAAAAAAUAAUCUAUUAG